CGCACGCCUCGGCGAGGGUGCGCGCGCGUUCAGCGGCCUCUUUGUGUGGUGCCCAGAUAAGGGAGCGGAGGUGGCGGUAGCGGCGUCCUCGCUUGCCUUCAACUCUCCUCGGAUCGCCCUCUAGCCGGCACCUUUCCCCUUCCCUUCCCCUUCCUCUCUUCCUCUUUCCCUUCCCUUCCCUUCUUCCCUUCCCCGUCGGUGACCGGCGGGGGCGGCUCCAGCGACGGCUGGGCCCAAGCUGUGAAGAAGCCUUAGCUAACGAUAACGGCGACGGCGAAACCUCGGAGCUCGCAGGGCGGGGGGAAGGCCCGGGCCGUGGAGAUGGAGAAUUCCCAGCUGUGUAAGCUGUUCAUCGGCGGCCUCAACGUGCAGACGAGUGAGUCGGGCCUGCGCGGCCACUUUGAGGCCUUUGGGACCCUGACGGACUGCGUGGUGGUGGUGAACCCCCAGACCAAGCGCUCCCGUUGCUUCGGCUUCGUGACCUACUCCAAUGUGGAGGAGGCCGAUGCCGCCAUGGCCGCCUCGCCCCAUGCCGUGGACGGCAACACGGUGGAGCUGAAGCGGGCGGUGUCCCGGGAGGAUUCGGCGCGGCCCGGUGCCCACGCCAAGGUGAAGAAGCUCUUUGUCGGGGGCCUUAAGGGAGACGUGGCCGAGGGCGACCUGAUAGAGCACUUCUCGCAGUUUGGCACCGUGGAAAAGGCCGAGAUUAUUGCCGACAAGCAGUCUGGCAAGAAGCGUGGUUUCGGCUUCGUGUAUUUUCAGAAUCACGACGCGGCAGACAAGGCCGCGGUGGUCAAGUUCCAUCCGAUCCAGGGCCAUCGCGUGGAGGUGAAGAAGGCUGUCCCCAAGGAGGAUAUCCACUCCGGUGGGGGCGGAGGCGGCUCCCGCUCCUCCCGGGGCGGCCGGGGCGGUCGGGGUCGGGGCGGUGGUCGUGACCAGAACGGCCUGUCUAAGGGCGGCGGCGGCUACAACAGCUACGGUGGUUACGGCGGCGGCGGUGGCUACAACGCCUACGGAGGCGGCGGAGGCGGUUCGUCCUACGGUGGAAGCGACUACGGUAACGGCUUCGGCGGCUUCGGUAGCUACAGCCAGCACCAGUCGUCCUAUGGGCCCAUGAAGAGCGGUGGCGGCGGCGGUGGAGGAGGCAGCAGCUGGGGAGGUCGCAGUAACAGUGGACCUUACAGAGGUGGCUAUGGCGGUGGGGGUGGGUAUGGAGGCAGCUCCUUCUAAAAUUUUUUUAAUGCCUGGGAGUGGCUAUAGGGGUAGCUGUUUUCAACCACCCAACUAGGGUCGACUCCUAAGUCCUUUCCCCUCCCAUCGCCUUCCCCGUUUUGCCCUUGGGGAAGCCACUUCUUAGGCUGUUCACCCUUGGGGGUGUUGCCCUGUUUGCCUGCCACCUCCCUUGUCUCCCUCUGAAGAUGGACUUGGCCCCACAUACACAUUUUUGUGUUACAGUCAUUGAUGGACUCUAUUUUUUUAUUAUUACUUGGACCUUGGUCGUUUUUAUACUAGCAAGAUGUCUUGUUUUAAUUUGUGUUAUUUUUGGGGGGAGGGAGUGAACUUGCUGAUUCUGUAGCAAAACCUGGGCGGGGGUUGGGCGGGUUAGUUUACUUUGUUGUAAGGACUUGAUAUCUGGCUACAGCGUUUUCUAUGAAAUCUCCUUGGAUCCCAUGCCCGAAAUUUGGAAGCAUAUGUACAAAAAUCAUUUUUACGUUUUAUUUUUAAUAAAUCAUUGUGUUUGACCGUACAUGUCUAACAUUUUUUUCUAGGAUCCAUUCCGUACCGUUUUAAGGGAUGUUAGUUGAAAAAUUUUCUUGUUAAUUCUUGAUGUGUACUUCGAGAAACUUUUAAAAGGUCCUGUGGGUUUUUUUUUUUCUUCUUCUUGGCUGUUGCCCUGGUAGUGAUGUGUUGAAUUUUAUCCCUUACAGGUAAAACUUUUGAAGUGGUGGAUGUGGCUUUUUAAAAUCUUUAGUUUCUUUGCAUCCAUCUCUUGUACGAAGUAAUUUGCUUAUCAUCUUGACAUGGUCACUUCUUUCUAUGAGAAUUUACCUCAAAGUAUGUACCGUGUAGUUCUAAAGAAAAUAGUUUGUAUUAAGCAUGUGUUUUCAUUCAUAUGAAUUGUUUAAAAAAAUUUCAGAUGGACUAGUUUCAUCCCUCUUACUGGUUUGUCUGUAAUGAAUGGUUACAAAUAAGGGUUAUAUUUUAUCCUCAAACUAAAAGCGUUUUUGUAUUUUCAGAGCAGGUUUAGACGUUUUUCUUUUCCCCCUCUAGCUGAACUGUUGUCCUUAUGGAAAUCCUUCCCCCAACCUUUGUGGCACCAUCUACUGGCAGAAUGGCAGUAUAUCUGCAAAACAAUUCGUUUAAAAACUUGUUAGGACAGUUGCGUCAGAUUUAGAAGUUUUGCCAUCAAAAAUCUGUGCAGACUUUGGUUAUACAUUUACUUGUAACUAAGAUGGGAUUUACAGGAAUGUAGUUAACAGUCAAUAUCACAAUUGCCCUUUCUACAUGAGAUUUGAAAAUGUAAACUGCUAUGCAUAGCUUGGGCAGUGGCCCCAUAUUGCUAUGGCGACAAAUGAACCAGCUUCAUGUACUGGUAUCUUAGGUGCAAGUUGUAAAGCAAAAUAUCUGUGUUUUCUGCUUGGUUAACAAAUGUAUAUUUGUAGCCCUUUCAUGCAAUAGAAUUCAAGUUGUUGUUUAUAAAAAGCAAAACAGAACAGUGAUACCAGAGAAAAUUGCCUUCCUGGAUAGACAUAUAGAAUAGCAACGUUUAUGGAUAUCACAAAUAAAGAAUUCAAUCCUUUACAUGAUUGAGUGAGAGUAUGUAUAACCUGGUGGGUGGGUUCAGAGUACCUAUUAAUCCAGUACCUACAUUUUGAUUUAAUGUUAUGGUAAAAUAUUUAACUGGAGUUUUGUGGUUGAAAGCCCAAAGCUAGCUGUAUUAAGCUUUCUGAAGGGAGAUUACUGGGCUUUAAAGUAAAAAAAUAUAUUGACCCUUUUCCUCUUAAUUCUUCUUGCUGUAUAUUAAGAUUUAAUUCUUGCCAAAAGUUUUUUUUUUUCUAAUUGCUAGGGUUCUGCUUUCAGGAGACAGGAAGAACGGUCAAGAUUGCUAGGCUGCUUAAGGCUGCUUAGUCACUUUGACAAAGGGUAGCUGAUACUUGGUACAAAUACUUAAGUACCUCUGCAACAAAUGGGGUAGAUGUUUUUGCCUAUUGAAUAAAUAAGCAACAUAGUCAAAUUUUGCACUCACAUGGUUUUACAAUUUGCUUAAAUUUCUGUUUUUUACUCUCAGUAAAAUGCAUCAUACUGCCUUUCUUCAUGUGGUGAUUUGGUUCAGCUUUUUUGGAGGGGUCCUCUAAGAUAUAGAAAAUGAUAUGUGUAAAUUUUUUAUCAUAAUUAUUACUCUGCUUGUAUUUUACUCAGUUUUAAGGGGAAGAUCUGUUUCUUCUGGUUCAAUUGGAAUAGUCCACCUCUUGGAGGGUUUUCAUAGUGUAAUAAGGUUACUGUCAUUUUGUAUUUCCAACGUAGUGACUUGUAAAAAAAAUUAUGUUAAAGGAUUUUCUCUUAAUUAGAAAAAUGACAGCAUUCUGUUCAUGGUAUAUUACCAUUUCAUUGUCAUGUAUAUACCUUUACAAAUUUAUACUCUGGAUUGGUAUUUAGUGAAGGUAAAAGUAGUGGUAUUUCGUCUUCCCAGAAUUCCUCUUGUCAAUUUUAUGCAAGCAUUUUUGGCAUGUGGGACUUAUUUAUUCUUAUGUUUUGAUUUCUUUCACCUGUAAGAAGUGUCUGACCAUUACUACUUCAAAUUUAAUUAAGACUUCAUGGGAGGAGGUGGCACAGAACCUAAUCAGUAUUGAAUAUAAUUUUUGUGCUAUGCUUGAAUUUAAUUUGAAAGAUUAGAAAAAUAAAAAUGAACCUUUUUUUUGUC